GCGGAAUGCACUGAAGGGGGUGCUGCUGCCCAGGAGGCGGGGCCAGGCAAUGGUGAUCCUUCACUUCCCCAGGUUUAUGCCCCACCCCCUUCAUAUCCUCCACCUGGACAAGCCCCGCCCACACCUGCUGCCCGACUGCCACCCCUCGAUUUCAGCGCUGCUCAUCCAAAUUCAGAAUAUGCAGAUCAUCAUCAGCUGAGAGUCUACCAGGGCCCUCAGCACGACGGGACGGAGUCUAUAACUGCCAGUAACACGAGAACGCCAGAUUUUGGGACAAUGCGCCGCCGCCGUGGAGGGAGGGGUCAAGGGGGGCGGUCAGACGGGAUGAUGACCCCUCCCCCCCAUCUAUGUUUUCCAGGUCCAGUCAGAAACGCACUCUGCAUCGUGACGUGAAUUCAUCACAUACCUUCCCAUCACACCCUCUCUCAAUCUGCCACUUUUCCCCAAAUCCCUCCCUGGCCUGUGUCUCUGGAUGAAUGUGAUGAUGAUGAUGAUAAUUCAGCAGUAUUUCCUGUGUGACACGUGCUGUUGUAGUCUUUACAGCUAGCAAUCAGCCCGGCCGGCUCAGAGUGAACCAUAACCACGAUAUGUCUGCGUGUGUGGAUGGGAUGAUUCUCUGGCACCCGUGACGUCUGACCCACAGUCUCUCAGUGUUUCUGUGGCCUCCGGUAGCGGAGCUGCAGGAGGAAGUGACGAGGAAGGAGGCGGGAAGGCUCAACCUAAAAGGCUCCAUGUUUCCAAUAUCCCUUUUAGGUUUCGAGACCCAGACUUGAGGCAGAUGUUUGGGCAAUUUGGCAAGAUUCUAGAUGUAGAGAUCAUCUUUAAUGAGAGAGGAUCCAAGGGUUUUGGAUUUGUGACGUUUGAGAGUGCAGUGGAAGCAGAUCGAGCCAGAGAGAAGCUCAACGGUACGAUCGUGGAGGGAAGGAAGAUUGAGGUGAACAACGCUACAGCAAGGGUGGUAACAAAAAAGCCCCAGACGCCAUUAGUUAAUGCUGCCGGGUGGAAAAUCAAUCCAGUAAUGGGUGCCAUGUACGCCCCUGAACUUUAUACAGUUGCCAGCUUCCCCUAUCCCGUUCCCACACCAACCUUGGCCUACAGAGGCUCUGGUCUCCGUGGACGAGGUCGAGCAGUUUACAACACAAUCCGCUCCGCAGCCGCCGCUGCCACACCAGCUGCAGUGCCAGCCUACCCAGGAGUGGUGUAUCAGGAAGGACUGUAUGGUGCUGAGGUCUAUGGAGGAUAUCCAGCCACAUAUCGAGUGGCCCAGUCGGCCUCAGCAGCUGCAACCGCCACAUACAGUGAUGGAUAUGGAAGAGUCUAUGCCACAGCAACAGACCCCUACCAUCACUCCGUGGGACCCACAACCACUUAUGGAGUUGGAACAAUGGCCAGUUUAUACCGUGGUGGCUACAACCGCUUCACACCAUACUGAUCAAAACAAUUCUCUGGAAGUUGACUGAGAAAAAAAACAAGACUUCCUCAUUAAAUCACACUGUGCUGAAGAUCUGUUUGAAGUUGAGACUGUAAAUAAUGACAAUAUUUAUUUAGGGGGGGAAUAGAAUCCAACCUAAAAUUUUGAAUAAUUAUAUUUAAGGAUUUUUAUUUAAUUCCUAAUUUAAGAGCCCAACUCCUCCCUCCUAACACUUAUCAGACUGUCUAGCUGAAUAUGGUGUUGUUAUCUGCAGUACAUAUAGUAAAAUCAUCACAGUGCCAUUGUAUGAACUGUAUGAGGUAAAACCUCUGGAUCUGUUGCAUUGUUUCGAGUGCUGAUAUUCAGUUGAAAGACUCUAUAGAGAAACUUCCCCCAAACUGUCUCUGGUAUGUAUAGGGCUGUGUGUUUGCUGGAGUGCCUUUGGUUUGUUUGAGUGUGUGGAUUUUUCUGCUGUCACAAGCAAUACUGUGAGAUACAGCAAUGGCACUGGGAUGGGUGGUAUAUUUUGUCACAAUGUAAUCUACCUCCGAGCUAAACAUCUCUUUAUUCUUAAUUAAUGCAAGCCUGUCAUUUGUUUCAAAAUAUUUUUAUGUAUAAAAGAAAAUCUCCUGUGCUUUGCCUCGCUCUGAUGUCCUCCUGUCAUUUCCUUGUCAGGCUUUGCUGUUUAGCUUUAUCUGGUCUUUUCACUGUGCUUCUUUCUGUUCCUUUUCUGCUGUGUGUGAUUCUAAUGUUUUUGCGUUUAACAAUAUAACUUCUGGAUUGCUCUA